UGGACAGACCUGCUGCCUUAACUCCCUGAUCCAGGUGUUCGUUAUGAACAUGGAAUUCACCAAGAUAUUGAAGAGAACCUAGAUCAUAUUUGCUUUUGGCCUUUGGAGAACUUCAGGCUGGCCAUUUUGCUGUGGACGCAGGACCUGUUGCACCUGCCCUUCGUUUUGGUGUGACUGCCGUGCAGGGUGGGGAGAGGGGUGAGGCCGCCGCUGUGCUGAUCCCCCUCUCGAGAGGAUACUCCCCUGUAGCUGAUUUGCUAACACGUUCUCCCAGGUGCUUCUGGUGUGCCCCCGGCACUGAGAACCGUGGCGACAGGGAGGGUCGUGGCUGUUCUCACUCGUCAGGAUAACGGUGCCCAGGGGAGCUGAGGAGCGGAGGAGAAGUGUCCCCUUCCAGCUGCUCUUGCUGCUGGAGAAGAUGCAGGACAGCCGGGAGAAAGCGGUGCAACCCAUGGGGCUGGCCUACUGUCUCCAGACCUACAGUGUACCACUGUUUGUCCAGCAUGAUGCUGCCCAGCUCUACCUCACAGUCUGGAACCUGAUUAAAGACCAAAUCACAGAUGUGGACUUGGUAGCGAGGCUGCAGGGCCUCUAUGCCAUGCGCGUGAGGGAGUCCCUCGUUUGCCUUGGAUGUACCGUGGAGAGUGACAGAAGCAGCAGCAUGCUGACCCUCCCCGUCUCUCUUUUCGACAUGGAUUCAAAGCCCCUGAAAACACUGGAGGACGCCCUCCGCUGUUUCUUCCAGCCCAGGGAGCUGUCCAGCGCGGACAAGUGCUUCUGUGGGAACUGUGAGAAGAAGACCUGCUGGAAGCAGGUCUUGACGCUGACCCACCUGCCCCAGACAUUGACCAUCCACCUCAUGCGUUUCUCCAGCAAAAAUCUGCGGACAGAAAAAAUCUGCCACUCACUGUGUUUCCCCCAGAACUUGGAUCUAAAUAAGCUCCUUGAGAUGGAGGGCGAGCCCUGCGCUGCUGAGGAGCAGCAUGGGGGACAGUAUGAACUCUUCGCUGUGAUUGCCCAUGUGGGGAAGGCUGACUUCGGUCACUACUGUGCUUAUGUCCGGAGUUCUGUGAAUGGAAAAUGGUUCUGCUUCAACGACUCCAAUGUUUGCUGGGUGUCCUGGGAAGACGUCCAGUGUACCUAUGGAGAUCACAGCUACCGCUGGCGGGAAACUGCAUAUCUUCUGGUUUACAUGAAGAUUGAGUCCUAAUGGAUGUACCCUAAACCUUCAGAGACCUACAGAGUAUCAUUUUCCUUUUCUGUUCCUGGAUCUGCAGACUCUUUUAAGAUAUUCUGCAGUGAGGAGAGGCACCGUUUUGAAAUUGUUUAAUUAAACUUUAUUUAUAAUCAGUGAUGAUCAUCAAAAUAUUUAACAGUGACACUGUGCAUGUUUGGAUCAGUCAGAGUGGAUACUUCCACCAGUGGACCCUGGCCCCAUGGCUGCAUCACGUCCAGAGUACUCCUGCUGUGCAAGGGGUAGUCCUUUAGCUGGGAGAUUGCGGAGCCCAGGGGCUCCCAGGGCAGUAGAGACCAGGCCAGCACUGGUAGCAGGGGGCAGUCAGGUGGCAAGGGGCAGUGGUAGGGAACUAUUUCCAUAUUUUCCAGCUAAGGUUACUGUACUGGUUGGUACUGGCUGUAUAUCAUUUCUGUUUAUAAUUUAAAAAAUUUUAGAACCUGUAUCAAUUACAUAAAACUCAAGUGCUUUGUAAUUGUUAUUCAUUUAUUUGGCAAAUAUGUAUUGAUCACCUACUCUCCAUGAGAUGGUGUGCCAGACACAAUAAUGAAUAAAGUUCUUUCUCUCAAAAGGAGUUUUUAGUUUAAUGGGGGUUAUACUAAGGGUUAAUGCUACAGGAAUUCAAAGGAAAGUGAAAUUGCUCCUGUUUUGGGGUCAUGGGAGAAGACUGAAGGCUGAAAAGGGGCUUAGAGUGAGGACAGCUAGUUUACAGGGAGAAGCAUACCCAGUGGCAUGCUUGAAAGGGCAAGGUUCAAGGUCCAAAGAUCAUCCACACACCUGGAUGGAAGGGAAGUGGGGCUCGGAAUGUAGAAGGUCUUGAUCUAGGCUCAGAAAUUUGGGUUUAAUUUAAUAAGUAAU